AUGAGCCCGUCCAAGCUGGUCGCCGAGGGGAGGGUCGGCCUGGGAGAGUCUGAGAACCAGCGCGAUGCGCGCAUUGAGCAGCUCUGGUUCAAGCUCGACCCCGGACGAACGGGCGAGCUGGACCUGAAAGGCCUUCAGCGGGCCUUUCGCAAAAUCGACCACCCUAUGAAGAAUGCGGACGACAUGCUCAAGAAGAUUCUGAAAGAGGUGGAUACCAACGGCGACGGCAAGAUACAGUACGAAGAAUUCCGAGUCUUUGUGCAACAUGCCGAGCAGCAGCUCUCGCGACUCUUCUCCACCAUUGAUAGAAACGGUGACGGGAGGCUGGACGUCAAGGAGCUCCAGGCAGCCUUUCGCAGCGCCGGCUUGACCGUGGCCAAUGCGAGGCUGACAGAGUUCUUCAAUGACCUGGACAUGAACAAUGACGGCUUCGUCACCUUUUCUGAAUGGCGGGACUUUCUCCUAUUCAUGCCAGCCAAGGACCAUGCCUCGCAGCUUCGGGCCGUGCUGUCAUACUACAAUUCGGUGGUCAACGUCACUCCUGAGGGAGACACGCUCGUCGGCGAGGAUACUUUGCAAGGCUUAGAGCCUGUUGCUGGCGGCGGUCCACAGUCGCGAGCCACCGCCGUUGCUGUCACUGCCAUCGACAACAACGCCCGCCGUAGCAGAGAGGGCAGCACUCUUGCGGUGGCUGAUGCCGCGGAUGUCGACGGCGAUGGUGGUGCGGAGGAGGAGCACAGGGGCAUCAACAAACGGUCAUCUACCACCGCCUUGGAUGUCAAGCCUCCCAAGAAAUUUAGACUGACGGAUUUCAUUCCUGAUCCAGGUUACUUCGUUGCCGGAGCCAUCGCUGGAGGUGUUUCGCGUACAGCCACGGCGCCUCUUGAUCGCCUCAAGGUGUACCUGCUCGUCAACACCAGUAGCGCUCCCGAGACAGCUGCGAAGGCCAUUAAGUCUGGCCGCGUGCUCAGCGCUGCGCAACACGCUGCGCGCCCCUUCAAAGAUGCUAUCAAGGAUAUUUUUCGAUCAGGCGGCCUGGCUGGUUUCUUUGCAGGCAAUGGUUUGAAUGUAGCCAAGAUCAUGCCCGAGACGGCCAUUAAAUUUGGUUCUUACGAGGCCGCAAAACGCGCACUCGCCAACUUUGAAGGGCAUGGAGACAUCAGGCAGAUAAGCUCCGUCUCCAAAUUCACAGCCGGUGGUGUGGCUGGUAUGGUGGCACAAUUCUGCGUCUACCCACUGGACACCCUGAAGUUCCGUCUGCAGUGCGAAACAGUGGAGGGUGGCCUCAAGGGCCGCGCCCUUGUCCGACAGACAGCCGCCAAAAUGUGGGCAGAUGGCGGCAUGCGGUCCUGCUACCGUGGAGUGACCAUGGGCCUGAUAGGCAUGUUCCCCUACAGCGCCAUCGAUAUGGGCAUGUUUGAGCUGCUCAAGAAGACGUACCGCACCUACUAUGCGCGAUACGCCGGCAUCCACGAGGACGACGCCAACCCGGGCAACGUGGCGACGGGGAUCAUCGGCGCGUCGUCGGGCGCAUUUGGCGCAUCCGUAGUAUAUCCCUUGAACGUGGUGCGGACCCGACUCCAGACCCAGGGCACAGUCAUGCACCGCGCAACGUACACCGGUAUCUGGGACGUCACCCAGAAGACGAUUCAGCGUGAGGGCUACCGCGGGCUGUACAAGGGGCUCACGCCCAAUAUUCUAAAAGUGGCGCCCGCGUUGAGCAUAACGUGGGUUGUGUAUGAGAACUCGAAGAAGAUGCUGGGGCUACACUAA